CAAGGAGCGCCAUCUGUGUGUUGGAUGUGCGCAAGUGUGGCAUGCUGGUUAAUUGGAGCGAAAAAGGCGCCAAUGUAGAAGGAAAAGAAAACGCCCUCACUUGCGAAGCUGCCUGUGGGAGGGAAGGUUUAGAACUCGAAGCGGUGUUGGCCACAGGCCAGGGGGAGCAAAGGAGGGAGCUCGAGGCAGGCACCCCACCCACCGACCCACAUACACAGACAUCCAACCUCGCGGCUGCUGCAGACGGUGGCGGCACCCCACAACCUUCCCGUGUGUAUGCGUAUCUGUGUUUGUUUUUUUACUUAUGAGCACAGUUACGACUGAGGAGGCUGCCGCGGCUGCCUCACCUUCUCAUUCCUUCAGAAAAGCAGCGCUGCGCUGGCUUUUGCCCCCUCCCUGAAGCGGCCGCCGGGGCAGAGGAUGGUGUUGCUGACGCCGCCGCCUCCCCGCUGCCGCUGCCCCGCAGCAAAGUGAACGACUGGAGUCCGCUAACUGGGGACAAGGCACCAGCAGACGGCUGCGGCGGCGAAGACGGGAAGACCCCGCAGGGUCCGUCUGGCUGUCCGCGCGACGAGAAGAUCCAGGGGGGUUGGCAGCAGCGGCAGCCUCAGGGACUUCGCCUGGCCCAGGCCCAAGUGUCAGCAUGACCGAGAAUUGACCCAGAAUCUCAAGACUUUACCCAAACAUCUGAUACGACACCACUAACCCUGCGGUGUAACCAUGGCAGACCCCUCAGCUGAGAUACCCUUUUCUGUGAUGACACAACCACAGCUAAUUGAGUCCACAGCCAUGAGUGAACCACAGUGCUACUACAAUGAAACCAUUGCCUUCUUUUAUAACAGAAGUGGGAAAUAUCUAGCCACUGAAUGGAACACUGUGAGCAAGCUUGUGAUGGGCCUCGGGAUUACAGUGUGUGUCUUCAUCAUGCUAGCCAACCUCUUAGUUAUGGUGGCCAUCUACGUCAACAGGCGUUUUCACUUUCCUAUUUAUUACCUAAUGGCUAACUUAGCUGCUGCUGACUUCUUUGCAGGGUUGGCAUAUUUUUACCUAAUGUUUAACACAGGACCCAAUACUAGAAGAUUGACUGUAAGUACCUGGCUCCUUCGUCAGGGUCUUAUUGACACUAGCCUGACAGCCUCUGUUGCCAACUUGCUGGCUAUUGCCAUUGAGAGGCACAUCACAGUAUUCCGCAUGCAGCUACAUACCCGGAUGAGUAAUCGGCGAGUGGUGGUGGUAAUUGUUGUCAUCUGGACUAUGGCUAUUGUCAUGGGUGCUAUACCAAGUGUGGGCUGGAAUUGCAUCUGUGAUCUCGAUCACUGUUCCAACAUGGCACCACUCUAUAGUGACUCUUACUUGGUCUUCUGGGCUAUUUUCAAUCUGGUCACCUUUGUAGUCAUGGUGGUCUUGUAUGCUCAUAUCUUUGGGUAUGUGCGCCAGAGGACUAUGAGAAUGUCUAGGCACAGUUCUGGACCACGUAGGAAUCGGGACACCAUGAUGAGUCUUCUGAAGACUGUGGUCAUUGUGCUUGGUGCUUUUAUAAUCUGCUGGACUCCGGGAUUAGUCUUGCUGCUCCUUGAUGUUUGCUGCCCACAGUGCAAUGUCCUGGCAUAUGAAAAAUUCUUCCUGUUGCUUGCUGAAUUCAACUCUGCCAUGAACCCCAUCAUCUACUCUUACCGGGACAAGGAAAUGAGUGCCACCUUCAAACAAAUUCUUUGCUGUCAGCGCAGUGAAAAUGCCAAUGGCCCAACAGAGGGCUCCGACCGAUCUGCCUCAUCACUCAAUCAUACCAUCUUGGCUGGAGUACACAGCAAUGAUCAUUCUGUGGUUUGAAAUGGAACUGAAAAGUUUUUAGUUUUUAAACCCACACAUGAGAAUUAAUUCUGAGUGGAUAACUAGUUGGUAAACAAUUGACAGCAUUGUUGGAGGCCAUUGAAGUAGAGAAAAUAACAAACUUACCAAGCUCUUCUUUAAUCACUAAUGAUGAUAAUACUUUUUUACCAGUGCCCAGUCCACAAAAACUGUCCAGUCUAGAAGCCUCACUGUUUUUAUUUUUUUUUAAUCUUCUGUUUGUUUGGUGAAAGUAGAAAAUGAGCUGCUCACCCUGGGAAGCUGACAUACUUUUUAAAUCUACUCUUAACUAGCCUUCAUCAGAUGAUACUUUUGUGAUGGCCCUAACUGAAAUCAUCUCCAAUUAAUUAAGCUUAAUAACUGCUUCACUGCCUUUUCAUUUAGAAAUCUAGGCUUCCUCCUUGUUUUGUUUUGUUCUUAAAUGCAUUUCAUUUCAUAAUUAUCCCCAUCAGCAUGCUUUGUGGUGGACAUUUUCAGGGCAAAGAGAGAAACGGUUGUAGCCUUCAUUUUUAUUUACACUGCUAAUAACAAUGAAAAACAGUUUUUACCAGUAAAGUUGUCAAGAUAUUGGUGGGAAAUAAAUGUCUUUAUCUUGAUUUAUUAGAGUUUGGAAGGAGGUAUGUUGUGGAUGUGAUUAACUCUCACCUUGAAAUCAAUGGGACUUAAAAGUGUUUGAUGACUGGCUAUAUUGUCCCUGAGACAUUUAACUUUCUUUAGUAAGGAGUUCAGCAAGCUAUGUAACAAACACAGGAAGUAUUACCAAGUUUCUUAUGGUCAAAUUUUUAAUGUGGGAUAUAAAGCUCUAAAACAGCCAACUUCAAAUUGGCUUAAGCUGAAGCACAAUAAUGUGUAUUUUUAAAAGUGAUUUUGUGGUGUCGAGUCUUCUAGUUAAGAGGAUUUUGCAUUUUUGGAAAAGUGCUCUUUUUAAAGUAAAACUUUUUUAUUUUUUUAAAGAAUGAAUUUUCUUCGCUGUUUUGCACAGAGUGGGAGAUUUUUUCUUGCUGAUUAGGGCUGGAAUAUAUUUGCCCAGUUGCCUCCUGUGCCCUCCAAAAAGCCUGUGACAUGGUUGAUAGGAAUGACAGGUUUUAUCUCAUUUCAGUGGGGGUGCUUACUGUAGCGGGGAGUACUCUUUCUUUACUUUGUUUUUAAAGCCACUGCUUGUGAAGAUGACAGCAGGCUCUCUCUGCUCCUAGAAUUUAAGAUUGCAUACACACACCAUACAUUUAAAGCCUAUUUAAAUCACAUGUCUUUCCCCAACAACUCCUGGGAACUGUAUGUAAGUGUCAGGUGCGUACACAGCCUUAUAAAUCUAAAGCUGCUGGGGCUGGAAUUCUUAAUCUGUUCACCAUGGUUUUAAAUUCAUAUUCCAGUGGGUGAAGAGACAGAGCCUGACACCACGGUCAUCUUUACAGACAGUGGGUUGUAUUCAGCUAAGUCUUACUCAGAAUAGACCCAUUAAAACUAACCUAAGUUAGUCAUGUCUAUUAACUUCGAUGGGUCUAUUCUGAGUAGGACUAACAUUGAAUACCACCCAUUGACCUUAAAAGUGUUAGAAAAGAAUGGAAGACAAAUUUUGUGUGCCUCUGCAUCUCAGCCCUAUUUUUUACUAUCAUCCAACUAUUUCUUUUACACCAAGUACAAUUUCUAUUUUCACAGACAAAUACAUAAUAAUCACAAUUAAAAUGUGUUAUUCCAUUCCUACAAAUGGAUUUAAUAUUUAGAAAAGUGGCUUUAGAGUUAAGCCUUUGUUACUGUAAACCCUUGAUGGAGAUUCAACAUAAAGAGUUCUCUAUAGUGAAGGCUGAGAAUUUUAAAAAAAAGAAAAGAAUUUGGGAUCAUUGUAACAAUAGUGUAGUGUGCCACAUCAGUAACAAAUCUGCAGGUCUUGUGUGUUGAGAAUCUACUUACAAUGAAAAGAACAUUUGCUUAAAACCCUUGCAUGAAAUAGAUCCAUCGUUCUAAUGUUCUGUUAAUGAUAAAUAACAUAUUUGAGAUAGUACCAUGUUUGUGGGGCAGACUAUGUAGAUUUCUAAGAACAAUGUAUAGCAAUGUCAAAAAGGUAAAGAGCAUGUACAAAGAUAGAAUAUUUAGUGAUAUGGUAAGUGAAAGUAAAAAAGAAGUGUGGCUAAAUCACACCAGAAGGUAUCCAGAGACCACCUGCCAGUUAACGAAAAGUUAAUAAAAUGACAAAUAUUAAAUGAGUUUCUUACUGAAAUUAAAAGCAAUGAACCCAUUGUCCUUUACUUAUAUAAUUUGCCUAAUGAAACAGAAGUCAGGCUGUUAGAAGUUUUUUUUAAAAAACCUACAUACUAAGCCACUAAUAAAGUUUUCUCUAUGAAUUUAUGUUUUGUGUAUGUGUGCCUGUCAGAAUUCAUCAUAUCUGUAAUAUUCUAAAGCACAGGU